GGGGGGGGGGGAUACUCGGUGGAACAUUUCUUUAAAGACAUUUAAACGAUGGAAUAUUUAAACCAUCUUCAUAUCUAUUGUUAAAACUCACAAAAUGCUUUCAAUUUCACAUGGAUGGCUACUUUGAGUUGACUCAGCAACCACAAUUGGAUUUUUCGGUUAGGGCUUGGUGGCACUUCUUCGCAAAAUUCCCACUGAAAACGAAAUGGACAAAGUCGAAACUAUCGAGAGCUGGUAUACUACUAGUGAUAACAACCAGCUGUUUACCCGUACCUGGAAGGCUGUUGGCAAUGUCAAAGCUAAAUUAGUAGUUGUACAUGGAUUCGGAGAACACUGUGGACGAUAUGAUGAACUGUUGAAGAAUUUCGCCGCUCAGGGUAUCGAGAGUUAUUCAUGGGAUCAACGAGGUUUCGGUGAGACAGCCAAGAAAGCAAAUACGCAAGGCAACGCUCAGGGUUGGGAUACCGUCCUUGGCGAUGUGGAUGAUGCUAUUUUGCGAAACAAAGAAGAUGGUAUUCCAUUGUUUCUUAUGGGUCACAGUAUGGGCGGCGGGAUUAUACUUUCUUACCUGACACAAGGCGAUCGAUAUGAAGGCGCUGCCAAGCUGACAGCUGCUAUUGCUUCCGCACCAUUGAUCCAGCUGACCAACCCUCCACCGGCACCUGUUUUCUUUGCAUUGCGCUAUAUUGCUGCGGCUGUCGUUCCUAACUUCAAGUAUUCCGUUGGCAUCGAUCCAUCUGGUAUUUCUCGAGAUCCAGCGCAAGUAGAAAAGUACAAGAACGAUCCUCUGGUCAACGACGCAGCCACGUUUGCUACCCUCAAGGAUAUGCUGGUCAACGGAGAGUUACUGCUGAAGACGUCUGCCAAGAUCACUACUCCGAUUUUAGUCGCACACGGCACCGCAGACCCCAUUAACAAGUUCGCAGCCUCCAAGGUCAUGUUCGAGCACAUCAGCUCGUCAGACAAGAAUUUGCUUGGCUUUGAUGAUUGCUAUCACGAGUUACACCACGAAGUUAAAGAUGUCAAGGAGAAGGUUACUAAGGAUUAUAUUGAUUGGAUUGAAGCACAUCUUUAAGCCCAAGCAUACUGAAAUAAAGAUAUAUUUGUUCGAUAAUG